CUGAAGCGUGUGACAACCCUUAUUUUCGACAAAGCCGUCCUUGAGCCGACUUUUUGCGCUAUGUACGCUCAAUUGUGCUAUGAUAUUCAUGACAGACUACCUAAGUUUCCACCUGAGCCUAUUGGUAGUGAUGAUGAUGAGAUCACAUUCAUGAGGGUUUUGCUGAAUACAAUUCAAAUGUUGUUUGAUGGAACCGAUGAAUUAAGCGAUGAGAUUAGAAAGAUGAACGCAGCAGAUCAGAAGAAAGACAAGGAAAUGUUGUUGAAACUCCGAACUCUAGGAAAUCUUCGUUUGGUUGGUGAGCUGUUUUUAAAGCAAACGAUUCCAGAAAAGAUUGUUCUCCACUUUUUUCAGGAACUUUUGUCGCAUGAUGAGAAAACGUAUCCAUCAGAGGAAAAACUUGAAGCCGUCUGUGUCUUUCUCAAGACUAUUGGCAAAAAGCUUGAUGGUUCGAAACUUGUCGAUUCAUUCUUAGGCUUUAGCUCAAAACAGUACAGCGAUUACUUUUUCAGGCGUUUAAAGAGUCUCUCAAGUCAUCCUCAAUUGAGUAGGCGUAUAAAAUUUCUAGUUCGGGAUAUUUUUGAUCUGCGGUCAAACAAUUGGAUUCCCAGCGGGAAAGAGUCAUCGUACUACCCUUUAGAUGAACAUCAUAUGUAA